AUGGAGCAGAAAAAUCUCAACGGCGGGGUUUACCCAACUCAAGCCGGAGAGAAGAAGCACAAAGUCGGUUUUGUCGGGCUCGACCCAGGGGCUCCUGAAUCGAGUAGGGACGGUGCGCUGCUCAUUGCAGGUUCGGACAGCCCCAAGCGGAACAGCAUCCUCAGUAGACGCAGGUCCAGCGUCGCAAAAGGAAGACCAUCCAGGAGAAAUGCCAGUUAUCGGAAACUACAAAAUUUCCUGUACAAUGCACUGGAGAGGCCGCGUGGAUGGGCGUUCAUCUACCACGCUUAUGUGUUCCUGCUGGUCUUCUCCUGCCUCAUCUUGUCUGUGUUUGCCACCAUCAAGGAGUUCAAGAACAGCUCAGAGAGUGCCCUGUAUAUCCUGGAAGUCGUGACCAUCGUGGUGUUUGGAGUGGAGUACAUCGUGAGGAUCUGGGCGGCUGGCUGUUGCUGUCGCUACCGAGGGUGGAGGGGAAGGCUGAAGUUCGCCCGCAAACCCUUCUGUGUGAUUGACAUCAUGGUCCUGAUAGCGUCGGUGUCGGUAUUGGCCGCUGGUUCCCAGGGCAACGUGUUUGCCACCUCAGCCAUAAGGAGUCUGAGGUUCCUUCAGAUCCUGCGCAUGUUGCGCAUGGACCGUCGCGGAGGCACCUGGAAAUUACUAGGAUCUGUAGUUUAUGCCCAUAGCAAGGAGCUCAUCACUGCAUGGUACAUAGGCUUCCUCUGUCUGAUCCUAGCUUCUUUCCUGGUGUACUCCGUGGAAAAGGACGACAACGACAUGUUUGAGACCUACGCCGAUGCCCUGUGGUGGGGCCUGAUUACUCUGACUACGAUAGGCUACGGUGAUAAAUUCCCCAAGACAUGGAACGGACGUCUGCUCGCUGCUACGUUCAGCAUGAUCGGGGUGGCUUUCUUUGCCCUUCCCGCUGGUAUCCUGGGAUCUGGGUUUGCUCUGAAGGUGCAGGAGCAGCACAGACAGAAGCACUUUGAGAAGAGACGCAACCCUGCCGCAGGCCUCAUCCAGGGUGCCUGGCGGUAUCAUGCCACCAAUCUAGGCCGCACUGACCUGCUGUCAACAUGGGACUUUUAUGAGCAGACCGUCUCGCUUCCUAUGUACAGACUCAUACCUCCCCUGAACCAACUGGAUCUCCUUAGGAAUCUGAAGGGCAAGUCAUUCAGGAAGGAGUCCCAGACAGACGCGUCCCCCAGUAAUGUGAAAUCACCCAAAGGCAGGCUUUGUGGCUGCUGCCCAACAACCAUUAGUCGCAAGGCCAGUCUGAAGGACAAGGUGUUCCCCAGUCCAUCCAGGACCCCGGGGGCCAAAAACAGGAACCAGUCACCCGGGACCGAGGAUGGGGCAGAGGGCUUUAUGGAGCGUGGGCGGGGGCCCAUGCAUGCUUUUCGGAUGAGGGGAAGCACGUCUCGCCAGAACUCUGAGGCAAUUGAGGGGUUAAUAAAGGCCAGCCUGCCUGGAGAGGACAUGGCCGAUGACAAGAGUUGCCACGGCGACUAUUUUACUCAAGAAUUAUCGCCCGGGUUAAAGGUCACCAUUAGAGCCAUUUGCAUCAUGAAGUUCCUGGUUUCAAAGAGGAGAUUUAAGGAAAGCCUUCGCCCAUAUGACGUCAUGGAUGUGAUAGAACAGUACUCUGCAGGACACUUGGACAUGCUUUCCCGGAUUAAGAACCUGCAGUCCAGAGUUGACCAGAUUAUUGGUAAGGGUCCUCCAGUGUCGGAUAAGGGUCCCAAAGGUGAAGGAGAGGCCCCCGAGGACCCGAGCAUGAUGGGACGGCUGGGGAAAGUGGAGAAACAGGUGGGCUCCAUGGACAGGAAACUGGACUUCCUGGUCAACGUGUAUGUCCAACGCAUGGGCAUCCCUCGCUCUGAAACGGAGGCCUUCUUCAACUCCAAGGAGGCCUACCCAGCCCCCCCUUACCUCAGCCCCGAGGAGAGCAAGGAGGAGAAAGAGGAGAAAAUCGAAGUGAGAGAGGAGAAGGAGGAAAAGACCUGCUCUGCACCAGAGGUGGUUCGCUCCGUAGCCUCAGUGGAGAGGAAGUCCCCUCCGCUGGAGGCUCUGUCUGUGGGCACCACCUCAGGUAGCCAGGGGCGCCCUUCCACAUCCUGGCAGCACCAGAUGCAGCACCCGCUCAGCCAGCCUGCAUGGAACAGCAGCGUGGCCAACACCCCCUCGCCCGUAGGGGGAACCGGAGAGCACUCGCCUCCCCUGUUCCGCCUGCCGCCCCCUCCUGCUCCGGUCCACGAUCGCUCGUCCUCCGGUCCGGGGGGCAGUGGCCGGGAAAGCAGUUCCCAGAGCAGGAAGCGGCAGAGGAGGCAGAAGCGCCAACCGGAUGUGGCCGCCGUGGAGAGCGACACGUCUCUCUCCAUCCCGUCCGUGGACCACGAGGAGCUGGAGCGCUCCUUCAGUGGCUUCAGCAUCUCCCAGGCCAAAGAGGACUUCUUCGGGUCGUCCUUCUAUAACGGCAGGGCCGGUACUGGAGCCGAGGCCAGGGGCGGGGCUGGGGCCGGGUCUGGGGCUGGGGACGAGGUUUGGGAUUCCCUCUGUGUCAGGGUCAGGCCUUAUCUCGCAGAGGGGGAAUCGGACACAGACUCUGACCUGUACACCCCUGGGGGCCCCUCCCCCAUCUCCAUUACUGGGGAGGUGGCUUAUGGGGACAGGGGGUGGCCGGGACUCAAAUAGAUCCACAACAGCUGGUUAAUGUAGAAACUGAUUAUAAUACGAAUCUGCAAUUUCCCUUGGGGAUCAAUAUAGUACCUACUACUACUAUGUGAGGUAUGCAAUUAUCCCAGGGUCUUGAGAAGCUUGACUUAAUUGCCAAUUGAAUAAAAAAAAACAUGUACUAAACGAAUGCUAAUAAUUUCUGAUCACCUUGAUGGUCAUGAGCCGAAAAUACAAUAUUCAGUUAAUAGGGAUUGUGAUUAAUAAUAAUUGAGCAACAAUUAUGUAAGGGUGCUCCUUAACAGUAAUCAGGUUGCCUUUCGUGUUCCCGGUGGCAAUUAAGAUACUACUAAGUAAUAGCAACUUAAUUAAAAUGUAUUAAUUAAAUAUUACUGUAGAAUCAUUUAAUUUUAUUUACUUAUAAUUACGUAAUGUUGUUUUGGAGUUCUGACAAUGAGACACCGUUAAUUAUAGACAGCCGUAAAAUUGUACUUCGAUCACUGAAUGAUUUAGCAUAACAAAAUUUUUAGGUUGACUACUGUGCUUUGCGUUAUCUUCAUAGUAGGCUACAGCAAAUAAUCAUUUGUUUAAUGCUUCACAACAAGAGAUUGUUUUUGUAAUUGUAUGGUUUGACUGUUAAACAAAGAUCUGCUACCUGGAAUAAGCACGUCUCCAUGGCUUGAGUAAUGCACAUAUGUGUUUAUAAUCAGUUAAAGACCAGUAAUUCAGGUGUACUGUAAAAGCGGGAAUCGACAGUGUGACACUAAACCCCUAUUUUUUGAAGACUAACUGCAUGGCAUGUACAUGGUAUUCUUUAGAGAUAGAGAAUAGGACAGCGUCCGAUAACCUCCUACGGAAAAAGAUACGUAUCUUUCUGCCAUUUCUAUUGGGAAAACACUGAAAUUAAAUAAAACGCAUGUAGUUACAGGGGUCAAAUUACAGUUAUACAGAGUAUAUGUAAAGGCUUUGCAAGUUUUUUAUUCAUUUGUUUCUGGCAGAUACAGUAUGUCAGCACAAUGUGAACAGUUACCCACAUAAUGUAGAAGUUAGAAGUUUACUGAAUUUACAACUGUGUAAUACUAUGAAAAAAACGUGCAUUUGAAUGUAUGUUCUGUACUGUAAACGCUUAAUGCACCCUCUCUCUCACUUUAAUUUGAACCAGAAAAAAAAAACAGAAAUGCAAAGAAUAAACAGUAAGGAAAACUAUCCCCUUCAAAUAAGUAUUUUAGUAUCUCUAUACAUUAUCUCACAGUCAUCCAAUUUGUCACAAGUUGUUUGGAAACAAACUUUUAUUUUUUUUUCCUAUGCAACCUUUGUAUGCCAAAGCUCUUCAAGUUCAAAUACAAUGGUACAAAAACACUGGUAUUUUUCCCCAAUAUUAGCUUGCCAGCAUGUUCUUCAACCCAAAGAUGUGACCACCUGUUUUACAUAUGUACUUAUGUUUUUGUAUACUC